UGUAACUUCAUCCACAAGCUUUCAAAAUCCAACGACAAAGCCAAUUUCAGCCACUUUUUGCUUUCUCCAAAUCAUGGUCUCUCCUGCUCUGCCUUGUAAAAUGCCUGCCACUCAAGUUUAUCAGGAUUCAAAAUUUCUUUGGUAAGGUUCGUUGGGAUCUAUAGUUCAGAGAUUGAUUCUUUAUUUUGGACAUUGCGUUAUUGAUACAAUUUCGUUAUGAGUCAGCUAGUGCAUCGGCGAGAGAAUGGUCGUCAAAGGAGUCAUGAAAUUAUUGAGCUCGGAGAAUACUCGAGGAAUGGAGUUGAAGUUGAGGGGCAACAUUCCAUUAAAAAUGGGGCAGAUUCAGGGGAAGGAAGGACACCACCAUUGCCAAGGACAAUUCUUGACCCCCAGGGUCCGUUCAUUCACCUAUGGAAUAAAAUACUCCUGGUAUCGUGUGUGAUUGCAGUAUCGGUGGAUCCUUUAUUCUUUUACAUCCCUGUGAUCAAUGAUGCUAAGAGGUGCCUUAUGUUGGAGAAAAAGUUGAGGAUCGUAGUCUUAGUUUUGCGGACAGUCACUGAUGUCAUUUACAUAGUGCACAUUAUUUUGCAAUUUCGGACUGCAUUCAUAGACAAGAUAGUCGAGGAAGGUGCAGAAAUUACUAGUCGAUAUUCUUGGAAACACUUCAUAAUCGAUAUUCUUGUCAUUCUUCCCAUUCCACAGGUAGUACUUCUCCAAAUAAUUUAUUCUGAAAUGAGAAGCACCAGAUCUUCAGAUUCUAUAAAGUGGCUGAACGCUCUCGUUCUCUUCCAAUAUGUGCCAAGAGUUCGUCAGAUCUACAUAUCCUGGAAGGAACUUACGAAAAGUAAAGGCAAAUUUGUUGGAUGGGUUAAAGCUGCGUUCAUUUUCUUUCUGUACAUCCUUUCCAGUCAUGUAAUUGGAGCCUUUUGGUACUUUUUCUCGAUUGAACGAGAGACAGUUUGCUGGCACAAAGCCUGUAAAAAUCAAAGUGGAUGUGCCCGAAGUUCUUUUAGUUGUGCUCACUCGGGAAAUUACACAUUUCUUGAUGAUCUUUGCCCUAUAAAUGCACCAAAUUCAACGCUAUUUGAUUUUGGAAUAUUUCUUGAAGCCCUUCAAUCUGGUGUUGUGCAGUCCUCAAAUCUUCCAACAAAAUUCUUUUUCUGUUUCUGGUGGGGACUACGAAAUCUAAGUUCUUUUGGUCAAAACCUCCAAACAAGCAACUAUCCCUGGGAAAGCUGCUUUGCAAUUUUUAUUUCUCUCUUCGGCUUGCUGUUAUUUUUAUGUUUCCUUGAAAAUUUGAAGAAUUAUAUCCAGUCUGCAACUGAAAGCUCAGACGAGGACCGUAAGACAUCAGGGGAGAAAAGAUUGGAAAAUCUAAGAAAGAGUAGACAAAGAAUAGUAAGAGGAGAAAUACAAGUAUGGGCCGAAAAAUACAUGUUCCCCGAUGAAAAAAAGCAAGAAAUUAUGAAUAUCUUUGAUGAAAAUUGGAAAGAAGACAUACAUGUUAAUGUGGAGAAUCUUUUCCUCAUUCUUCCUCCAGAACUGAAAAGUUAUAUAAAGCACCAUCUCUGCUUUCAUAUGCUAGAGAAAGUGCCAGUGCUUGAAAAUAUGGAGGAACGAUUGUUGCAUAUGAUAUGCGAGUCUCUGAAACCAGUCUCCUACAAGGAAUACACCUACAUUGUUCGAGAGGGAGAGCCAAUUGAUACUACUUACUUCAUUACACGAGGCAUUGCAUGGACCUACACAACCCGUAAUAAUAAUGGUGAAGCAACAGGCUCCUCACACGCUGAGUGUCUUGAAAAGGGUCACUUCUUUGGAGAAGAACUUAUACAAUGGGGAUUGGGAGAGGCCUCUUUGUCUAACCUAUUCAGACUCCCACUUUCUUCGAAAGUAGUUAAAUCCCAUACAAAAGUUGAAGCCUUUGCUCUAAUGGCCGAUGACUUGAGGAAUAUAGUCUCUAGAACAAAAUUUCAUGUUAGUGAAGAGGAAUUGGAAACUAAGGUAGCUUCUAUGUUUCAAGCAGCCUUGCGCGGCAAGAAAGAAAAGUCUUCCCAGUCUGGUACAAGCGGCGGGGAUGAGAAGUUACCCAGUUCAUCAGGUACACAAGUCAAUUAAAGCACUGCUCGUUCAAGCUGAGACCUAUUAUCGUUAGGAUAUUGUGACUGCUUAUUGACAUCUCUUCAUCAUGAACAAAUGUGUCUACUUUUGAAGAGUUAAUCGGUUACAGAGUAAAACUAAAGUCAUUGUUUUGCCACAACGUUACAGUCUUACAGAUUGUAGUGCGUGCAUUUAUUGAAUCAUUGUCGUAUCACAGGAGGCAACCAUUCAAAAGUUCAAAAACACUUGUGAUGUUAUAUUACUGAUUGUUUUAAAAGUUUAAACCAUUGAGAUCUGAUAAAUUUAAUUAUUUAACUAUAUACUUCUAAGUUUUAA